ACUGUGUUUGACCCGGUAUUUUGUAUCACUGAAAUGGACGGUCCAUCUCGAGGCUUUCCAGCUCAAUUGUGUUUUUUACACAUUUUUUGAAGGCUUCUCUUUUUGAAGCUUUGAAAACAGACAGAACUUUCAAAGCAAAAAGUGUGCCUUCAAUGCCUUUUGAAGAGCAGCUGCAUGCAGAUUCAUUAAGUGAAGAACCUUGGGAUGGUUACAUUAACAAAGUUGGGGAGUUCAGGACUUUAUCACCAACGUGCAAGAUUGGGAUCUUAGUUAGAUUGGGUUUCUCAAAUAAGCUUCUCAGUUUCAUUGGAACCGGCGUAUGCACAGAACAUACAACACAGAUCGGUGCGUAGGACAAUGCAUAGGGACCAUCUUGAGAGCUUAUUACAAGUUCACUUUGUUGACAAGGAGAGUGAAAAAAAGGCAUUACUAUCACAUGCUCUAGCACAUUGUGCACUAAUGAGUUAGAAAGGAUGGUUAAAGAAGUUGAAGUAUUUGCUCAAGAAGACAAAGAGAAGAGAGACUAUCUUGAAUGACUUUCCUUCUUACAUUGGAUUAGUUUUUUAAUAUAUAUUUUGUGUGUGUUACAUUGUUUUUUUGAUUGGUUUUUGUAACAAGGUUUCAAGAAGUUCGCGGGAGACAAGAAGCAACAUAAACUUUUAUUAAUAUGUAACAAGGGUUUCGUACUCCAUCGUGGGAUUCAGAUGGGCCGAUCUCUGCCGCCAGCCGUAACGGUCGGAAAUAGGUUUCUCUUUCUCAUCUUUACCCCAACAACGACAUGUAUUCUUUAAUCACUUUGUAGAUGAUCGGAGGUAAUGGCUGGUGAAUGGUAAGUGUUUCAUAUAUAAUCGCACACUUCUUGUCAGAUCCGAUAAUGUAAAUUGCACAUCUUCCACUCUUCUGGAAAGUUUUGAGAUGUGUUUUCUGCUUCUAGUUUCUGGAAAUUACACAUCUUCCAGUCUUCCACUCUUCUUUUUUUUUGAAAUUAUGAACUCUUAUUUCAUGACAUCAUCAAUAGGCUUAUUUUUAAACACAAUAUGAAACACAUGCAUUAAAAAAUUGAUACUCUGUUCCAUUUUGGGUUUUAAAAUUGGAAUAUUUUUUUGAAAUACGAUCUAAUAGCAUUUUCUGUAAAGUGUAAACAUUUUACUCUAUAUAAUCAAAUACUUCUUAUUUUCUACUCAUAUGGAGCACCCAGUAAAGUUUUUUUUUGAACAUAUUCAUUGCUUUUUCAAGAAAAAGAAGAGUUCAAUGAAUGUUUUGUUGUUUUUCAUCCAAAAACAAACACUAAGUUUCUAGUACUGCAUAUAAAAAAAAUUCGUUGUUUUCAAAUAUAAGUACAAUUCAUUGAUUUUAAUAUGUUCUGUAAUAUAAUAUAGGUUAAGGCUACUUAGUCUAUGUUGUAUUACUUUAAAAAAUCUGUAAUACACAAUUUGUAUCUAUUCAUUUUUCAUGUAAAUUCAUGAACUCUGUAGUGCAGGUAAGGCUCCUCGCUAAUGGUAAUCUAAAUUUUAAUUGGAGUUGUAUCAACAAUUUUUAUGCAUGUAAUGGUUAAUGAAAUGCUUUUGCAUUCCAAAACAAUCUUCAAACUACUGUAUAUAAAAUAGCACCAUUGAAAUGUAUAAAAAAUAAUAUGGUGUUCACAAAAAAUUUAAAUUAGUUUUUGGGAAAGGUGUAAUGUUUGGAGUACGUAGAAAACAUAGUUACAUGGUAUUUGUUUUCUGUUGCCUGUCUAUAUUUUCAUGGCAAACUUCAUUUUUUUUAUUUGCACCUAGUUGUUUUUGAAAUAAUUUAUAAUGCUAACUUUAUAACAUUGAGGAGACAAACUCUGUUUUUUUUUACCAAGAAAAUAAUGUGGAGAGACUUCCUUGUGCAUUUGUGCUAUGUUGAGUUUAGAUUGGUGUAAGAGCAUUUGUAACCACUCAAUCUGGGCAUGGAUCUUGCUUCAAUUUGCUGCUUCAUAAUAAAGAGUUGAAUUGUGAUAUGCUUUGAUUGACUUACUAUUUCAGGAAGAUAUAGAAUACAAAUUACCUUUGGUGAAUCCAAAUGCAUUAAUUUUUGAAGGCAUUGUGCAAAUAAUGUUGCCUUCAUUCAUCAUGGAAGAGAUGAACUAUGAUGGACCAUAUUUUUAAAUUUUUUUUUGUUGCAUGUAAAUUGUGUUGAGAGGU